CUCUUUGUCCGGAACUCAGCUGCGUGCUCGCGCAGUCCUGACUCUGUGCUGAGAUCUCGCCGCGCGCACAAGCAACUCCUCGAUUCCCACUCUGCGUCCAGACUGCACACCAGCGCGAGAGGGGGAAAACUUUCCUAAAACUUUUUAUCUCAUUUUUCUCGCUUCUUCUUGUACAGAGCAAGCUGCUUUGCGGAUCCUUUCAAUUGAAGAAACUGGUUAAGAAGUACCUUGCCUUUACAACACUGAACAUGUGUGCGCGUGCAUAGCGCUGGACAUAGGGCAGAUUUGCUUUUGUUUUUCUUAAGAAAAAAAGUCGCAAAGAAGAGCGCAAAGUACUGACUACUUCACUGUUUGUUGUUACUUUUGUUCGUUUUUUAUUCGUUACACAUUGCAGGAUUGUUUCGCUCGUUGUUAUUUUUAGAGGCCCGGUUUUUAUUGCUCAAGAAAAUCCAGUUCGCGAGAUCCGAGCGGCUAAAAGAAGUUAAACACUGAGGGACGCCGCAUCCUCAUGAGGAAAUCAGAAGAGUGAAUCGAAAAGAUUUCGUGACUGAACUUUUUGUUUUCUAUUACUUUUUGGUGUUGCGGCUCCAUUGCUCAAGCAGUCAGCGAUGAAGAUGUUCGUUGUUUUUACUGUAUGUAUGUCGGUUGUGGUUUUGGCAUCGGCUCAGGCUGAUCAGAAGUUAAAGAACUGCAAUGAAGUCAGAACUGCCUACAGUUCGAAAGGUUUCAACGUCAACGAUGUUCCCAACAAAGGAGUGCAUGGGGACCAUCUGAAAGUGUGUCCUCAAGGUUUCUCCUGCUGUACUCUGGAGAUGGAGGAGAAGUUGAGUCAGCAGAGCCGCACAGACCUGAAAGCACCCGUUCAUCAGCUCAGCUCCAAUCUACAAAACACCUUCACCCAGAGACACCGUCACUUUGACCAGUUCUUCAGAGAGUUGUUGAACAAUGCAGAGAAGUCUCUCAAUGACAUGUUCGUGCGGACCUACGGCUUGAUGUACGUGAAGAACGCCGAGCUCUUUGAGCAAUUCUUCCGCGACCUACGCCGCUACUACAGCCACGGGAGCAGCGCUGUCAACCUGGACGACAUGCUAGCGGAGUUCUGGACGGAGCUUCUGGAGCGCAUGUUCCGACUGGUCAAUGUGCAGUAUGAGUUCGGCGACUCGUACAUGGAGUGCGUCAGCAGGCAUAUGGAGCAGCUCAAACCCUUCGGUGACGUUCCACGCAAGCUCCGCCUGCAGUUGACCCGUUCUUUCAUCGCAGUCCGCACGUUCACCCGCGGCCUGGCGCUCAUGCCCGAGGUGGUGGGCAAAGUCUCCACGGUAAGCGCCUCUCCGAGCUGCGUCCGUGCAGCUAUGAAGAUGUAUUACUGUCCGUACUGUACCGGCCAGGUGGCGCUGAAGCCCUGCAAGAACUACUGUCUCAACGUUAUGCGAGGCUGCCUGGCUAAUCAGGCCGAUCUGGACACAGAGUGGAAUAACUUCCUGGAUGCCAUGUUGGGUCUCGCUGAGAGGCUAGAGGGACCCUUUAACUUUGAGUCUGUCAUGGACCCCAUAGAUGUGAAGAUUUCAGAUGCCAUCAUGAACAUGCAGGAGAACAGCAUACAGGUCUCACAGAAGGUGUUUCAGGGUUGUGGGCAGCCCAAACCCAACAUGGCUUUACGCACCCGACGCUCUCCUAAAGACUCAGGGUUCCCUGGGCGUUUCCGACCCUACAGCCCUGAUGCCAGACCCACCACUGCCGCUGGCACCAGCCUGGACCGACUGUUGACGGAUGUCAAGAAGAAACUGAAGCAUGCCAAGAAGUUCUGGUCCACCCUGCCGGACACGGUGUGUGUUGGAGACCGGAUUGCCAAUGGUGAUGAAUGCUGGAAUGGUACAGCCAAAAGCAGGUACGAAUCUGUCGUCAUGGGCAAUGGCUUAGCCAAUCAGGUGUCUAAUCCUGAUGUGGAAGUUGACAUCACCAAACCAGACAUGGUGAUUCGGCGGCAAAUAGCAGUGCUGAAGGAAAUGACCAGCUGGCUUAAGGCUGCUUACACUGGCACUGACAUCUCAUUUGUCAAUGAGGAUGCCGGCAGCGGAGAGGAAAGCGGAAGUGGCUGCGACUCGCCCUCUUGCGACAGUGACGGCGACAUCUACUUCUCCACCCCGGCGCCCGUUAAACCUCGCAUCCUCAGUGUUCAUCCCUCCAGCGGUACACGGUUGACACCUUGCAGCCUGGCACUGGUGGUGGCAGCGCUCCUGCUCGCCCUGUUCACCCUUCACACGAGAUAAGACCGGCCUAGAGAGGAAGAGGAUGUGUGUUUGUACGAAUUUGAACAAGAGAGCAGAAAACUGCCAUAGGACAUUAAAGACACUGCUUUCAGGAUCUCCGUCUGCCUGCCAUCAGGGGAAGACACUCAAGUUAUUAAUAUUCAAAUAACUUCCCUUCAGUGUAUUUUUUGUGUUUAUAAGAACAGACUUCAUUUAUGUACAGCUAUAUUUCCACUCAGCUGGGUUUUAUUCCUCUAUGUCUGUAGAGUCCAGAAUUGGCAACUCCUCAUAGUGAUAUUUUCGGUUAUGGUUUAAAUAAGUGCCGGUGUUUGUUUGAAAGUAGGUCAGACUGAGUGUGUGUUUGGCUGGAUGGUGUGUGAUUGGCUGUAUAUAUCAUCCAAGUGCUUUUUCUAAAGGUAAACAAUUAAUCAACCCAUAUAACACAUGUAUGAUUUAAGCAAAUCUGUAUGAAGUACUCGUUAGACUGACUUUUAAUCCAUUUUGAGUGUGUGUGUGUGUGUUGGUGUGCAUGGAGGCUUCGGUUAGCUGCAGAUCAUAUAUGUUCCUUGGAUGUUAUUGAGGUUGAUGAUAACUUCAUGAUGCCUUAAAUGGUUCAUAAAUGGGCCCUUUGUUAGGGCUGUGAUCGACAAUAACUUAUACAAUGCUGCCUUAUGAAUGAAAUCAAAACUAUACAGGAUCCCAGACAUGAAACGGUUAUUCUGAAAAAAAUGUUUUGCUUCCAAACAACUUUCACAGCCCCCAUAUCAUCAUCCCAGAUUCUUUCAGCUGUAUAAUAUACAACUUGAGAAUAUAGUCUUCAGUAAUAACUUAAUAGUGCGUAACGAAGAAGGAGCCUUGGUUAGGUAAGGUCUGUAUGAAAGUUGAUUCAUUGAUGAAUAGGCCUUGAUGGUUCCCUCAAAGAUGACAUGCAGAGACAUGUUUCCUACAGACUGUGUGGCCUGAGGAAAGUUAUUUUUUACUGAAUGUUUAGUUAUGAACUUACAGGAAGACCAGCUGGACAUGAGCGUGUGCUGAAGAUGGCUCAAGACUGAGCUGUCUGGAUGAAUUCUACACAGGGUUUUAUGUGGAGGUGUUUAUCUGGCUGGAAAUGUAUUGUAAGGUAUAAAACUGUAAGAUAGGUACUGCAAGAUUUCUACACAGUGACAGCCGGUGCUAAUUUGAGAGGUUGGGUGGCCUCUCUUGUUUUUUUAUUUUUCUGUUUGUUUCACAAAAUGUCCAUCUUUUUCCCAUUCCCGAUUGAUAUCCAUAGAAGUCGGUACGGUAUUUUUAAACCAUUCCUCAUAUAGAGCAAUAGACUGUGUGUAUGUGUGGUACGAGCCAAUACCAGUUCACGUUUUUUUUUUGUUGUUGUUCCCAUUCGAAUGUCUUGACAACUGCUUGUUCGUUAGUUUAAAAAAAAAAAGAAAAAAAAAAGGUUUUUUUGUCUCUCAGAAAAAACAAAACAAUCUCCCCUUGCUCUUGUACAGUAAGUUAUUUAACCACAUGUCUCUUUGAAAGGCAUUCGCAAGCAUCGCUUUUCUAGGUAUCUUAAUUUCAGUAUUCAAAAUAUUUAUGUCUGUAGAUGAAUGCAUUUUAAUGGUUUCACACUUUGAUGGUUUUAUAUUGGCUUCAAAUUUCAUAAUGCAUAAUAUUUAAAUUUUGUAAACCAAGCCACCGUAAGCAUUUGUUUUGUCGUUACAGUUUUAUGUAAGGGGAUUGUGAAAAUCAUACAAGCUGAUGCAAGGACAGGGCUGGUCAUCGGUCCUUGAUCGUUCCUGAUGUCACAUGCACUUUUAAUUGGCAUUCAGAUACCUCACAGCAAGAGAGUUUUAAAUGAUGCUUUUAAUCAUAUCUGCAGCAUGCGUAUUUGAUUUUCAACUUAUGUUUGUUUUUAUUCAUUCAUUUGGAGAUUCUUUCAGUAUGUAUGGAUGAAUGGCCAGUCCUCAGACAUGCAAAGAAUCUUGUCAGGGUUUCAGGAGCCUGAAAUGAGUAAAUAUCUCUACAGCAGUAAUGCGCCGCACCUCAGAUUGGAUAUGUGUUUUUUUCUAAGCUGAUGUGCUGCCACGAAUAGGAAGCAAUAUGUGCUUUCUAUCCUACCUUAUGACCCAAAGCUUCCCACUGUCACAUGUUAAGAUAGCUCUGAUGUAAAGGCCAGGAAAGGAAGUGUCUUGUGCUUAGUAUGUCGAGCUACUCCGAGUCAGUGUGAAGAUGACAUGGACUCUUGAAUGAACCUCUGCAAUGUCAUCUUUAGUUUGAAUGCUGAACUUCAGGUGGACAGAUUGCAGGACCCGCAGCCCUGUAUAUCAAUGGAGUCAUCUGUGAUGAGGAGUGAGAGAGACUAAAGAAAGAAAAGGAAAAAAAUGUAAAUAAUGAGCAGUCGUUUUAGUGGUCUCUGAGAGAUGUUCAUCAGAUUUUACCCAUUCAGAGUAUGUGCUUAAUAUGGGCAAAACAAAGAGAUAGAUGCUAAAAAUGUAAGAGAAAAGUUAUAUUAAACAUUUCUUAGUCUUGUUGAAAUAAAGACUGCAGAUAUUUAAA